AUGGUCAAUCCACUCCCACUUCUCGCCGCUGUAGGCGCAGGAGUGUUGACCCAUUUAGCGGUUUUUAUUCAUGGCGAAUGGGAAAAAUAUGCUCCUCGUAUUGCUGUCGUUCAUCUGCUCGCAGGUCUGUCCCUUGGCCCUGUUCUGAUCCGAGUCUGUGGCAUGGCUAUCGUUCCCGCAGUGACUCUUUCAGUGGUUGCGGGAGCGUGCUACCUGACGGGACUCUUUGGUAGCAUCGCGGUCUACCGACUAUGGUGGCAUCCGCUAAAGCGCUUUGCGGGCCCCACGGCAGCCAAAUUGUCAGCCUUUUGGUCACUCAAGCAGAGCGUUCAAGGGUUCCAUUGGCAUGUCAAGGUCCAGCAUCUCCAUGAAGAGUUUGGCGAUUUCGUCCGCAUCCGGCCUCGUGAAAUUUCCAUUAAUGAUCCCGUAGCUGUUCGGGACGUGCAUGGCCCAGGCACCAAGUGUAGCAAAGGGCCGUUUUAUGAUCUGAACUCUCCUGCGCGGUCUCUGCAAAUGACGAGAGAUAAGCCUUUCCAUUCGCAGCGUCGAAGAAUUUGGGACCGUGGCUUUGGAACUAAAGCAUUGAACGGCUAUGAACCCCGCAUUUUGCAGCACUGCCUGGAGUUGCUUGCGAAACUGUCUGAGCUGCACUCGAAACCUACAAACCUGAAUGAAUGGUUCGAUAAUUUCGGCUUUGACGUCAUGGGUGAUUUAACCUUUGCCAAAUCGUACAACAUGCUCUCCAGCAAUCGUAACCAUUGGAUUAUGAAGAAGAUUGACGAAAUCAACCCCUUGGUCGGUGCCCUUGUUUGUGUGCCAUGGCUGUUCAUUCUCUUCCAGAAUCUUCCAAUUGUGAGAAGCAAGCGGGCAGAAUGGAUCGAGUGGUGCGCUCAACAAUUUAAUGAACGCCGUGAGGUCAAGUCUGAGCAAUCGGAUCUCUUUACCUACCUAAUCGAUGAUGACUCCAAGAAAGACAAAGAUCCCUCCGUCAGUCAGGGAGACCUAGUCUUUGACACGGAGCUAGCCAUUAUUGCUGGUAGCGAUACAACUGCCAAUGCACUUGCCGCUAUCUUUUACCUGCUUUCCAAGCAUCCGAACAAGUUCAGGGAGCUGCAAGCAGAAAUCGAUCCGUUAUUUACCUCGGAGCUUGACUUCCAGCACUCGUUGGUCACCGGCAAGCCGUUGUUAGAAGGUGUCAUUCAAGAGGCACUCCGCCUCUUCCCACCAGUCCCUAGCGGCAUGUAUCGGCUCACGCCUCCAGAAGGCGCCAUGAUAGCAGGACAGUGGAUCCCCGGAGAUACCAUUGUCUCCACCCCAACGUAUACCCUUCAUCGAGAUCCUCGCAAUUUUGUACGCCCCGAAGAAUUUAUACCGGAACGAUGGACGACCCAGCCCGAGUUGAUACUUCGUAAAGACGCGUAUCUCCCCUUCUCCUUGGGUGCAUACUCUUGUGCUGGCAAGCCGCUCGCGUAUAUGGAACUCCGAAUGAUGGUCUCGCUCAUCGUGCGCAAGUUUGACGUUCAGUUUAUUAAUGCUGAGAAGAGUAUCAAGAGCUUCGAACAGACACCCGGCAUGAAGGAUUAUUUCACAGCCACCAUGGGUCCCCUAGAUGUCAUUUUGACCUUGAGAUCAGCAUAA